UCUGAUACUUGUACUCUGCAGUAUUACCACUUGUAUUUACUACGUGUUUCCACGGCUCCAGGAGCAGCAGCGUGCCGCCCCCUGUGUUACUAUCAGUAGUUUGCGCCAGUCGGAGUUACGCAUGCGCAGUGAGUGCGGGCGCAGCUUCGCCGUGGUUUCGGUUGAGAAUUCUUGGCAACGUCUCACUUGGUGAACAGGCAGCAGACCGUCGGGCAACGGCUGUUUCCACAAUGUCUGGAGGAUUAUUUUAACGGAGCUGGAAGUGAGCGGAAACCCUGGAGCAGCGAAAGAGUGAAAAACCGGGCCGCCUCUGCCUGCACAGUGACGUCAGACAUCACCACAAGCUUCGCCUGCACAGCUGAGGGCAAAAAAGAUCUGCAUCAGACAUCAUCCAAGAAAGAAGCACAAGAAGAAGAGGAGGACGGCCUGGUUCCAGAUUGGAUGGACCAGUGAAGUCUUUCCCACCCUCCCUGUUAAAAGCAAUGUUUUUGGGAGCUGGAGGUCGUAACAGCACCUUCCCCAGCACCCCUCCCAAUAUGGGAUGCCAGCCCCCUGCCCCCCUGCCCUGAGCUCUCCUGGGGUGUCAUGAAUAGUUACAGAGACAGAGGGGUAACUUGCACCUCCUCAGACCUUCUCGAUGGAGGCGGAGGAGGGUUGCCCCAGCACACUCCAUUUCGUCACACCCCUAAUGGGCACCCGGCGCUAGGUCCCUCUGACCCGGUCAUCCAACCACGCAUCUCUGUGCCCAAAAUGGGUGUCCGUGCACGGAUCGCAGAAUGGCCUCCACGCCGUGCUCAGUCCCGGGAGUCGCUGCUCGAGAAUGGGCAGAUUGGCGGCAAUCACUACGGCGAUGACGGUUCAGUUUUAUCAGUUUUGUCUGACUUCAGGCUGGUGCGGGGAGGAGUCGCCAGGUUGCCCCGGCGGAGGUCCAAGGAUGUAGGAGAGUUUGGCGGUGAGAGAAGUUCUCCUUUCAGCCUGAGAGUGUUCCCACCUUUGAGAAAGCGCUCCAACAGUGAAGUGACGCUGAGCGAACAAGAUGAAAAUGAGGUGGAGGCUCGAGGAGAUGGCGGAUUGGGGAACCGGUUCAGGGAAUACGGUAGCACCUCCUCCAUCGACAUCCAAGGCAUCCCUGACCAGAGCUUCUUUGACAUGAUCAGCCAGUUCCGCCAGGAGAGGCCUGACCAGCGCAGCUCUGCACCCAUACAAAUCGGCGAGCUGCUGCGUGCUCCAGACUCGCCACCUGGACCUCUCCCCUCAGCGCCCUCACCUGGUCCCACAGGUGUGGAAGACAGAGAGACAGGAAGGAAAGACGGCACUGAGAGAGUGAGAAAGAAAAGUGGAGGGACAGAGUCGUCGCUGGGCACCUCCUCUUUGUUUCGGAAACUUCGGAGCUCCAAUAGAGGGGAGCUGGAUGGAGGGAAAGGAGAAACUGUUGAGGACAGGGGAACACGAGCUGCCAUCAAUUCCUCCUUUAAAUCGUGGGUGUGUCCAAAAAGCUUUGUCCACUUUGACGCUCAGAGCAUCCAGUUUGACCUCCACGAGGCAGCGGCUCAGCGUGGCUUUGUCACGCAGAGGAGAAACACGGCCACGGGAGCAUCAGCAGCCUCAGUGUCUCUGUCAGUCUCCAGAUCCUCAGCGAGUGUAAACGACCCCAUUUACUCCAGCAUCGAGGAUCUGACUCUGAGCCUCGACCAGGGCUCCACCACACCCUCACUGGGUGUGGACCCUCUAGAUGGCGCUGGAGCCCAGAGCUCCAGUCCACUUCUCCUCUCCUGCCCACACUUCCUCAAUGAAACCGGAGGCCACGGAGAGCGCAACAUCAGCUUCCUCAGCUCGUCAUUAGAACGAGGAGGAGAUGGAGGAGGAGGGGACGGGGGGAGGGGAUGGCUGAGGAAGAGUAACGCCAGCGUGUCAGUGGUGGAGGUGGCCACUGAAGAGCAGGCUACAAGACUGGAAAGACUGAAACUGUACAGCAUAGAGCAUGUAGACCUGGGCGCUAGGUACUACAGAGACUACUUCCAUGGAAAAGAGCUCUCAAACUACUUCGGGACAGACGAUAAGCUGGGCCCUGUGGCCUUGAGCAUCCGCAGAGAGAAACUGGAAGACACCAAAGACCUGAAAGACCAGUAUCAGUACCGACUCAUCGUCAGGACGAGCGAGCUGGUGACGCUGCGCGGCUCCAUUUUAGAAGAUGCAGUGGCGUCUACGGGGAAGCAUGGCACCGUUCGGGGUCUGCCACUCAAAGAGGUCCUGGAACAGGUCGUCCCCGAACUCAACGUGUCCUGUCUGAGACUGGCGCUCAGCACGGCCAAAGUCACAGAGCAGCUCCUUAAACUGGAUGAACAGGGGUUAAGUCAGAAGCACAAGGUGGGUGUUCUGCUGUGCCGUGCAGGGCAGAGCACAGAGGAGGAGAUGUACAACAACGAGGAGGCAUCGCCCGCCUUCUCUGCCUUCCUGGAGCUGCUCGGGGAGCAGGUGCUUCUCAAAGGAUUCACCAAAUACGCUGCACAGCUCGACACCAAGACGGACUCUACGGGCACCCACUCCCUGUACACCACCUACCAGGGCUAUGAGAUAAUGUUCCACGUGUCCACCAUGCUGCCAUACAUGCCCAGCAACCCACAGCAGCUCCUGAGAAAGAGGCACAUAGGGAACGAUAUUGUCACCAUCAUCUUUCAGGAGCCCGGAGCGCUGCCCUUCACCCCGCAAAAUAUUCGUUCACACUUCCAGCACGUUUUUGUUAUUGUUCGUGUUCACAACCCCUGCUCUGAAAACACCUAUUACAGUGUUGCCGUGACGCGAAUGAAGGAUGUGCCCCCCUUUGGACCACCCAUCCCCAGCGGCGUCACCUUCCGGGACCCAGAGACCUUUCGUAACUUCCUUCUCGCCAAAGUCAUCAACGCAGAAAACGCAGCACACAAGUCUGAGAAGUUCCACACCAUGGCGACGCGAACACGGCAGGAGUACCUGCGCGACUUGGCCGAGAACUAUGUCAGCAGCACGCCGCUGGAUUCAGCCGGCAAAUUAAACAACCUCAUCUCCCUCGCAUCUAAGAAACGGGAGCGCACGAAGGCGAGAGAGGGAGCGGAGCUGGGUGCUGCCGGGGCGGUCGCCUGGAGAGUCCAGGCCCAGGACUUUAGCGGAGGAGGGGGAGCAGAACUCCCCUGUGCCUUGGGUGUGUCGGCUGAAUACAUCGUCCUCAUAGACUGCUCCACCAAAGAGGUGGUGUUCAACUGUUUCUGUGCAGACGUGAUCGGCUGGACGCCGGAGCGGCUGGCACUGAAGAUCUUCUACGGCAGAGGAGACCACAUUGCAGUUCGAGUGCCAGAGGGAGGUGCACAGGACAUCAGGGAGAUGGUGCAGAGGUUAAAGUUGUUGACAGUGGGAUGUGAAACUGUGGAUAUGACACUAAGGAGAAAUGGACUGGGACAGCUGGGCUUCCACGUUCGCUUGGAUGGCACCGUAGCUGAGGUGGAGGAGUACGGCUUCGCCUGGCAGGCAGGCCUGAGGCAGGGUAGCCGGUUAGUGGAGAUCUGUAAGGUGGCUGCAGUGACGCUGACGCACGAGCAGAUGAUUGACCUGUUGAGGACAUCGGUGACAGUCAAAGUUAUCAUCAUUCCUCCAUACGAAGAAGGCGGGCCUCGUAGGGGCUGCACCGAGGAGUACGAGAUGAAGACCAUGGAGCAGAAACCAGAACCUGAGCCUCUAGCAGCAGGAUACCGACCCUCUCCUCGCCAGACCUGGCGAUGGGAGAACUCACCUGUUCCUCAAGUGCUCCACCCCACUAGCAUGCAGCGCUGGGCCCCCAUCGGCCCCCCACCUCCUCCACUAGUACGCUCACACAAGCCCCUGAUGCCAGUUCCCUACAGAGAGCCUCAGCACCUCAGCUCCAAGAGGCCGGUCAGCUACCCAGAGAACCACUACAGCCUGUCUCCUGCAGGAGGCGACAGGCCCUACAGAAACCCCUCAGCCAGCUUCUCCUCUCCUCCCUCCGGCCUGGUCAGUCUCACCACGAUGGGACCACCUGGAAUCUCACCGGGCCCCUUUGUGCGCUACAAACCUUCACCCGACAGAUUUGGAACAGGACAGCGCCCCCUGCUGCCGUAUGAUCCUCACCUCGGUGUGGACCUCCUCUCCAGUGGAGAAUCUUCGUCAGGCUUUACCAGUCAGGAGAGUACCAUGGAGCGCAGCAAAACAGAGCCUCUCUGGCAUGUCCCAGCGUCUCGAGGACCAGGUGGUGGAGGGGGGCAGAGGAGAAUGCCCAGACAGGAUGUCCCGGGGAAAGACUCUCCAAACAGACACUCGAAGGGUGAGACUCAGUACUCCAGCCACUCCAGCAGCAACACCCUGUCCAGUAACGCCUCGAGCAGCCACAGCGACGAGCGCUGGUUCGACGGAGGCGCACCUGGAGAGCGAGGAGGCGUGGGUUGCCUCGGUGAGCCGGCCGAUCCUGACCCCGACCUCCUUAACAAGGGCGGAUCCAACGAUAGCGGCAUCGACGCCUCGACCCACUACGGAAACGGUCGCCACAGUAACAUGUCCAACAGCCAGUCCCACAAGGCCAUGCACAGCUCUGCGACCUACAGUGGCAUCCCGGAGCUGUCGGUGGGAAGGAGCGGCGGCAGCGGGGGGGAGGCUAAGAGACGAGAGUCUUCGCCCAUUAUACCAGCUGCGGCCAAUCAGAACAAAGGGUACAGGACGAGGACGUUCCCUCCUCCUGGCUCCAGCGCUGAUAAAAUGGAUGCUUUCAAGCCCAGGGCCUACACACCGCAGGGUUACAAAACUCCAGUGGAGAAACCACGGCCUGUCCGAGCCUCUACCGCAACGCCCACUUCAGCUAAGCUAAGCUCCACCCCUCUGUCCAGCUCCGCCCCCAAGUCAUCAUAUGGCAAGAGCACACCAAGCGGUUGGCAUGCAGAAGACUCCAACCCCUCUCCUUCAAACUCGACUACAGCAUCGAGCUCCGACAGCAGCAACAGCAAGAAGCAGGUGGACACAAAUCCAAAGAACGUGUUUGGACAACCUCGUCUGCGAGCGUCACUGAGGGACCUGCGCUCGCCACGACGGACGUACAAGAGCAGCAUCGAGGACGACCUGAAGAAACUGAUCAUCAUGGACAACCCGGGGGAGACGCCGCAGAGAGACCCUUCUCCCAGACGCCCCCUGCAGCGCACCUUUUCCGACGAGUCGCUGUGCAGCGGACGCAGGGACGCCGGCUUCGCCAGCUCUGAGAACCAGACGACUCCCAGCGACGUGCUGUUCACCUGCACGCUGCCCACACGCAAACACGCCGGCUCCUCCAACCACUCCAACCACAUGCAGAGCAAGAAGGUGCCGCUCUCUGCAUCCGAGCUCUCUCUGACCGAAGUGAGAGACAAGCUCCCCCCUCUGAGGAGGCUCGACCCCGGCAUGAUGCCCCUCCCUGACACAGCCAGCGGACUCGAGUGGUCCAGCCUGGUCAACGCUGCUAAGGCGUACGAAGCACAAAGAGCGGGUUCCCUGUUCUCGCUGACUGACCCGCAGCUCGGAGGUCCAGACACGAGACCGGCCGCUAGUCCAGUCCAGUUUCAGACUCCUCAGACGCCACGGACCACGCCCACACUCAGCAGCGAUGAGGUGCCCAACGAUCUGUCCGGUCGGCUCUACCACCUGGAAGUGAUGCUGAAGCAGCUGAACAAUGACCUGGAGAAAGAGAAGCAAGAUAAGGUCGUCUUACUCGCUGAGAUGGCCAACCUGAGAGAGAACAACCAGCGGCUGCAGGUGGAGAGCCAGACUGCCAGCGAGCAGCUGCGCAAGUUCAGCGUGCUUCUGACCAAUCUCAACAAGCCGGGCAGCGACCACGAGGCUCACUCCUUAGCCGAUUCACAGAGGGAGUGACCGACAGCCAAGGAAGAGAGUGAGGUUCAGGCCAGAGGGAGGGGCUUUCAGUUCCCAUGAUUCCUUGCACUCACAGGGGCGGCAGAUGUCACACUCAGCUUCCACUGGGCUGCCUUAAACCAGAGAGAAAAAGAUGAUCUGGAUUUUUUUAAACCCUUCCAGUAGAGAACCUCCCUCUCUACACGCUCCCUGCUCUGAGCCUGUUUAUUUUUCUAACUGACGUCUGGAUAUUUGUCACACGGUGUAAAUACAUCUGCUACUAUGCCGGAGGAGCGAGCAGGAGUGGAGAUCCUGACUGUUUUAGAGAACACUACAUCACCUGGAGAGGCCUAAUACUGUUCCUGCAGCCAAUCAGCCAAAAAAAUAAAUAAAUAAGACUGCAUCUCCCAGAAUGCACUAGAAGAGAGGAAGCUCUACAGACGUGGUACUGUAGAUAGAUACCUGUGUGGUACAAUUCUCAUAUAUCAGUUAUAUCGACAAUGUACUGAUAUUGUAUAAGAGACGUACUAAAGCUGUGUGUGUGUGUGUGUGUGUGUGUGUGUGUGUGUGUGUGUGUGUGGACAGCGGAGUGAUGAACAAACCUGUUUACUGUAAUCUGAACCCUGUGGGCCUCGUUUUCCUGCCCUCCGUUUACACGGGUGACCCGCGGCGGCCCACGGAUGUGAAUCAAGCCAUCAGUGUGCCGAGAGCAAACGGUCGCAGAGCUCGCCAGCGUGGCGGCGUCGUAUCUCCCACACAGAGCAGCGUCCUCAGCAGUGCCCGAUCAUCUCAGACCUGAAUGAAAUGAUGGUUGCUUUAACCUUAAGCGGGUCCUUUGUUUGGUUUUAGUUGCAGAAUUUUGAGAGUUACACUUACCUGCUUUCUGGUGAAGAGCUUAUUCUGAAGUGAUGUGGUUGGCGUAGCCCCACAUGAGCCCAGUUUUGACCAUAUUGUUUAUGUUUUGGGGAAUAAAGCAUGGCGAAUAAACUUUCAUUUUUACCUUUUUUAUUGGACGUACCAACUGCUGUAGCUGGAUUACUGUAAAACUGGAGAAAUGUUUAAAAAUCAGCCAACUUCUCGCUCCUGGCAGCUCUCAGAAGAGCUGGUAGUUAUGAGGUGAUUCGAUGGCUCACACACGUCAUGUUAUUUUUGCUUUUGUGAAAUCAAAUUGCUUCCAUCACAUCGCUGUAACCUCUAGCCGACGUCCUUUAACAAACCUUGUGUUGUUUAUGAUUUCGUGUGUCGGGCAGCAGAGCGAGCCGGUUGUUGUUUUUGUGUUUUAAGACGUCACAAACUGAACUGGAGUGCAUAAAGCAUGUGCAACAGCCUCACCAAGAAAGUAAAUAAGUGUAUUUUCUCAAAGUGUUCUCAAGUCUUCAUGUAUUUGUGAUCCAGUGAAGCUCCGUCUCCGGCUGAGCGCGCUCACAGGAAACAUGUACUGUACCUGAAAGCCCGUCACAUCAGGACAGAUGUGCUUGUUUGAGAGGACUUUUCUUGUGUUUUAUACUGCGACAGUGCUCUCAAUGAUACUGUGUACUGUGUUUUUCAUACAGAAACAUAUUUUUGAAUGCUGGCAGUGAAUAGACAGUACACCCCAACCCCCUCGCCCUGCUAAAACUGUACUGCACUCUCAUCUCUCUGAUAAAACAGGAGGUUUCUCUUUAACUGGAUCUGUUUAAAGUUUCCACUCAGGUUCCUCAGGAUGCUGUUAACGACACUCGACCGUUGGGGGGGGAGGGGGGGUUGAUGAUGACAGACGUCACCCUGCUGUCUGCACCGUUGUCCCUUUAAAUGUUUUUGGGCAGCAGGAUGUUUCAAAUUGCUGGAAGAGCCAAAUAAAACCUUUUUUUUUUUUUUUUGUCACUGACCCCGGAGGAUAACUAACGCCUUCUUCACCCCACCCCCGCUCCUCUCUCUCUCUCUGCAGCACCCGCUUUAAACCCACCGCCUCCUUCUCUGGGUUGUUGUCAUCCCAGUUUUUCCUUUGUCAUUUUUUGUCUUUAAGCAGCUUCAGUCGGGUUCCUGUUAGCAGGGUGUCCUCCAUCCACACAGCUCUGCAGGUGUAGCUGUGAUUUUAGUGUCUUCAAGUCUUAAUCUUUAGUUUGCUGAUGUAAAAGGGGCAAGGUUGUUUUUGUUUGUUUUUUACAUAUAUAUAUAAAUCUUGUUAUGUAUAAUUUUAAGCUAUUUAAAGCAUACACAAGGACCCCUAUUGAACAAAUCCAAUAAUGCAUUAUUACUGGUAAUAUUGUGUGACCAGUUAUUCUCUUUGUUUUUUGUUGUUAAUAUUUUUAUAAUUUAUUUUUGACAUGUUGGUCACUGUUGCAGACAAUAGUGAAGAUGAGAGGGUACUGUGUUUUCUCUUCAAUUCCUCCUUCCUUUACUUUUUCCUCAAGCCUCAUUGUUCCUCUUUCCAUCGAUGUUUCCUGCAUUCAGCAGGAAUAACUGAAGCAAGGGUUUGGUUUUCUUUGGGUUGUAAUAACGUGUACAUUUUAAAAGUGUAAAUUAUGUUUUCAUUGUUUUAUAAAAAAAAUAUAUUAAAAAUAAGUCAAAACAUUUGCUGGUUUCUGGUCUUUGAGUUUUUGAGCUGCGGUUCAAAAAUAACCUUUUAGUUUCAGAUUUUAGAAAACGACUGCAGGGUUGUAAGGAGUUAGUAAAUUCUGUGUAUGUAAAGAAAAUGUUUUUCACUUAAACAUGAAGCAGAUUUUUGCUGCAUUAACAGUACAUUUGAAAAAAAAAAUUUUGCUGUCUGUCCCCGUUUUCAUUUUUAGGUUCCUGGUUAAAUGAAUUAAUCAGUACAUUUUUCAUUAAUAAACUGGUAAAAACAGUCUCUCCCAUCGGUGUCUGACAUAAAGAACCUGAGUAAAUUAUUAUUUUUUUAAUUCUGUAUUUAAAUUUCAUUUGAGGAGAAAAAUAAAAAAUAAAACCGAACCUACCAGACCCUGUUUGAAAAGUAAUCACCCC